AUGAACUACAUGGAAAUUAGGAACAACGUGACAGAGUUCAUUCUCCUGGGACUCACCAGAAACCCAAGCAUGCAGAAAAUUGUAUUUGCUGUCUUUGUUGUCAUCUACAUCAUCUCCAUGGUAGGCAAUGUGCUCAUUGUGGUCACUAUCACUGCCAGUCCAUCAUUGGGAUCACCUAUGUACUUUUUCUUAGCUUAUCUCUCUUUCAUUGAUGCCUGUUAUUCUUCUGUCAAUACUCCUAAAUUGAUAAUAGACUCACUACAUGAAAAGAAGACCAUCCUAUUCAAUGGAUGCAUGAUCCAGGUCUUUGGAGAGCAUUUUUUCGGAGGUGCUGAAGGCAUCCUGCUUACUGUGAUGGCCUAUGACCGCUAUGUGGCCAUUUGCAAGCCCUUACACUAUACAACCAUCAUGAGCAGAAGGGUUUGUGGCCUACUGGUAGGAGUGGUAUGGGUGGGAGGUUUUCUUCAUGCAACCAUACAGAUCCUGUUCAUCUUUGGAUUGCCAUUCUGUGGCCCUAAUGUCAUAGAUCACUUUAUGUGUGAUCUGAACCCUUUGCUCAAUCUGGCCUGCACUGAUACCCACAUUCUCGGGCUCUUUGUUGCUGCCAAUAGUGGUUUCAUUUGUCUGUUAAACUUCCUCCUUCUAUUGAUCUCCUAUGUGGUCAUCCUACGUUCACUAAGAAACCACAGUGCAGAGGGGAGGUGCAAAGCCCUCUCAACCUGUGUCUCCCACAUAACAGUGGUUGUCUUGUUUUUUGUGCCCUGCAUUUUUGUGUACAUGAGACCCUCAGCCACUUUAUCUAUUGAUAAAGCAGUUGCUGUGUUCUACACCAUGAUAACUCCCUUGCUAAACCCUUUAAUUUACACCUUGAGAAAUGCUCAGAUGAAAGAUGCCAUUAAGAAAUUGUGUGGAUGA